CACAGGGGGCGGGGCCCGGCCGGUUGCUAGGGCCGCGGCGGCCUGCGGCGCGGAUGGCGGCGCUGGAGGCGGACGACGCGGGGGCGGCCCUGGAUCACCUCCUCACCCAGUUCAGCAGCUACGACGAUUACUUGGACUCGCAGAUCACCACGCAGGACCUGUUCUACCUGGAGAAUGAGGAGAUGGCUCGCCAGCUGGUGGAGCUGGGAUUCCGGGGAAGCGGUGAGGUCCUGAAAAGGGAAGAGUUUGAAGCAAGGAAAGCGGCUGCAGAGGCUUCAAGGCUCUCUGAAAGAACCCAGCAAAAAACAUUAUCUAGUGCAGGAAAAGAACUGAAGGAUAAUUUUCUGAAGGCACUGGCAGAAAGGGAGGAAGCCAACCGCAGUGGGAAAAUGGCUUCCAUAAUCUUCAUUCGUGACCAAAAUUCUCGUGGCCAGGAGGUGUCCGCCUACAUUGACUAUGCACACAGGCUGAAGGUGGAUGAAUUUGAAAUCUAUUUUAAUGGAAAGAAAAAGCUUUUUCCAAGACGCACUGAUCUGAGCUUUUACAACUGGGAUAGAAAUGUCAGCACUUCAAAUGCCAGUCCAAAUUACCAAGUGAUUGCAGAAAAUGCAUGUGGAUUACUCUUCAAGAACAAAUGUGAUAGGAAAAUAGUAAAUGUGGAUCCCAAGGCUUACCCAGGAGACAGCACAACUCGGACACCUAUUGAGACAGAUCUCUACCUCCAAGUAGUCAUCUAUGACCAUAUCCUCAGAAGAAAGACCUAAACACCAGCUCAUUGGCUCUUCCUUCAAGCAUCUGUUUACCAACUUUUAUUCUAGCUGUAAGAGAAAUAAAUCAGUUUGAAGAGAUCUCUACCAUGUGUGAAACUGGUCUUCCAGUGGAAUGGGGUGGUGAUGUUUGGUCUGGGUUAGGGUCAGUUUGUGACAGGCUGUUUCAGGGAUGCUGAGUGGAAGGAUACGCUGCCCCACCAUGCCCCUGGACAGAAGUGGGGUUCCAUGCACUCCCCAGAUCAUAAGUACUGCCCUUUCCUAGUGCCCUUGGGGCACAUGACACUGCAAAGGCAGUUGGAGUGAAGAGGUGAGGUCAUGGCCCCAACUUCUUCCCAUUUCACAGAAGCCAGCAGAGCUGGCUGUCUACAUGGGGGAGCAUGCUGCCCCCCUUAAGCAGGAUAGUAGCAAGAAUAUUACCAUGUGUAGUGGAGGUUCAGAUUCCUGCCUGCAGCUCCCCCUUGGACAGUGUGGCUCCCCUACACAGAGCUGUGCCUCUGUGGCACAAUUGAUCCCCGAGUGACCACUUCUGAGGCCCCCUCCCGCCCCAGGACUCAUCCAGGGAGAUCGCACUACAGAAGAUAACAAUGGGUGUGAAGAAAUGUGCACUGCUCCUGUGGCUGCGAGUGUCUCCUAGAGCACCACUUUCCUUCCUGCUCUCACAGUGGCUCCACUACAGCUGGCCACAUCAGCAACUCUCUGAUACAAGGCUGUACGUUCGGGCAGCAGCCCAAGGCCCCAAGCUACUCUCCUUUGUCCCUGCAGCACUCAGCUAAGCUGCCAGUGCACGUAUGAUCCAGACUUUGGAGCUAUCAAUAGAUACCUCCAUCCCAAGCACUUUGUAGCCAUCUGCUGAGGGGAAGCACCAAACUAUACAGCAAAAGGAGCAAGUAGAAAGCAAAGAAAAAGAAUAGUUAUAGAGAAAGAAAAAACAGAUGAGAAGCAAACAGAAGAAACAGAAGCAGAAAAAUCCUAUGGCCUGUAUUAUGCAAAGAAGUCAGACUGGAUUAUCAAAAUGGGGUUUUCUGGCCUUAAAAUCUAUGGAUCUAUUAAAAGGACAGGUAAGGGAAAAUAGACAAGAACAAAUAUUAUUUCAGCUGGGCUGGGGCUUACCAUGAGGUGGGGACUUAUUCGUCAAUCCAUCACAAGCAUGAUGCCUUUGGACAAGGCUGAGAACCUCUCCCUUAGCAGUUUGUAUUCGAAAAGGCCUUUACUGAGUGGAAGAGGCAGUGUUCCAGCAGUUACAAAGUGGAAGUUUGUUCGUUCUUCAAAGCAGCAAUAAUUUGAGAGACUUACAAGACAGUUUUCUUUCCAAUAAAAUUGUCAAUGUUAUGAAGUUCUGCCAUUUCCAGAUAUAAUAAAAUGUUUUAUUGUAACAGCUUGUUUUUAUAUAGAGGACUUCAUCCCAAAGCACUAUACAAACUUCACAAGCAGACAUACAAACUGUAUGCUGGGAUCGCUUCAUUUAGCACUGAAAUGCAGCCAGUCUUGGGUGAAACCUAUCUGUGCAUAGCAACUUCACGCAAUCUCUUAGAUAUACUGCCGCAGUAUAUUUCAGAUAAGCCUCAUGCAUAAAAAUCUUAAGGCCUUGUGGAAUUUUGUUAGUAUCGUAUUUAAGAUUUUAUCCCCAAGUUGCUGGGGUUUUUUUUUUCAAUAUUUAUCACAAGUGAAGUAGAUGU